GGAGAAUCUUGGAGACCGCCUUUCGGGUGGGCGGGGCAAACGCUAGUGCACAACCAAUCACCGAGCCAGCCCCUGGACGCGCUGGGAAGCGGCCAAUCGGAACUCACCUACUUCCGCCUGGACUGGCGCGCGAGAAUUUGAAUACAGUGGGGACCCCUGGCUCUGCUGAGGAGAGGUCGCCUGUCCGAGGAGCAGGAGUUCAGUUAAGAAGAUGUCAACUUUAACUCCAAGGAAAAGGAAGCAGCAUUCUUUGAACUGUGAUAACCUAUUAUCAGAAAUUCCAUCAAAGAAAUUAAUUUCGGACUUUACUGAAAAUAUAUUUCCAUCACCUAAUAAAAAGCACAUUUGCCAAAGCAGUGAUAAAAAUGAAGAAAAGAUUCAUUGCUCUCAACAAGGCCAUUUCAUUUCAAGUCCACUCAAAACGACUAAAAAUAGAUUGCCAUCUGCAAAUCAAGGUUCACCAUUUAAAUCUGCUGUGUCUACCAUAUCCUUUUACAACAAAGAUAAGUGGUACCUCAAUCCACUGGAGAGAAAGCUGAUAAAAGAGAGUAGAUCCAUUUGUCUAAAAACUAAUAAUGAAGAUAGAUCAUAUCCCAGUGUGACAGAAAAAAUGCAGGGAAAACCAGCCUGCUCCAAGAAGAUGAACAAAAAACCACAGAAGAGUUUAACUGCUAAGUGUCAACCAGGAUAUAAGUGCAUCAAGCCUGUGUCAAAGAAUUCUAAAAAUUCCAAGCAAAAUCGAGUGGCCUAUAAGCCAAUUGUGGAGAAAGAGAAUAAUUGUUACUCAGCUGAAAAUAAUCUGAAUGCUCCUCGCGUUCUAAGCCAAAAGGUCAAACCACAAGUUACCCUCCAGGGAGGAGCGGCUUUUUUUGUUAGUAGGAAAAAACCCUCUCUAAGAAAAUUGCCCCUGGAAGAUAAGCCAUUACUGGGACUCACCCAAAAGAAUAAAUCAGAAGUUAUUGAAGAGUCUGAUGUGGAAACUGUCAAUGAAAGAAGUUUUGAGACAAGGCAAGUGCCAAAGUGUUUGUUAGUAGAAAAAGAACUGAACACUGAGCUGCUGAGUGAAAGAAGUAAAAAUGAAGAGAAAUUAAUAAAGGAUGCAUCAGAUAGAGUCAUUUCUUCAAGGGAAUGUAAAACCGAUGAAAAUAAGAGUUUUUCUUCAGAGGAGACUUUCAGUGAGAACAAGGCUGUUUCUCCUGAGACCCUUGUCUAUCCCAUCUUCACCGUGUCUUCAGUCAACACAAAAAGAUCUCUAGUUGAAGAACAGUCUUCUGUGGGAUCCGUCACAUCUACUAACUUCUUGAAACAAAUCAAUAUACAGAAAAAUACUAAUACCAGAGAUGCAAAUAAAGAAACAAAGGACCAGCUCGUCAUUGACGCUGGUCAGAAACAUUUUGGAGCCACCAUGUGUAAGUCUUGUGGCAUGAUCUACACUGCUUCCAGCCCCGAGGAUGAACUGCAGCAUGUUCAGCAUCACCACAGAUUUCUGGAGGGAAUCAAAUAUGCAGGCUGGAAAAAAGAACGUGUCGUAGCAGAAUUUUGGGAUGGGAAAAUUGUGUUGGUCCUGUCACAUGAUCCGAGUUAUGCUAUCAGAAAGGUCGAAGAUGUCCAAGAACUUGUCGAUUAUGAAUUGGGCUUCCAGCAAGUUGUUCCCAGAUGUCCAAACAAAACCAAAACUUUUCUCUUUAUUUCUGAUGAAAAGAAAGUAGUUGGGUGUUUAAUUGCAGAGCCCAUCAAACAGGCCUUCCGUGUCCUGUCUGAACCAACUGGUCCAGAAUCCCCAAGCUCUAAAGAAUGUCAUAGGGCUUGGCAAUGUUCAGAUGUACCAGAACCUGCAAUCUGUGGGAUAAGUAGAAUCUGGGUCUUCAGACUGAAGAGAAGAAAGCGCAUUGCAAGACGACUGGUAGAUACUGUCAGGAAUUGCUUCAUGUUUGGCUGUUUUCUCAGCACGAAUGAAAUAGCAUUUUCUGACCCAACACCAGAUGGCAAGUUAUUUGCAACCAAGUACUGCAACACCCCUAAUUUCCUUGUAUACAAUUUUAAUACUUAA